AUGCUGUCCAGACCUUCCCUCUCGGCGUUUCACCUCUCACACGGGAUUGAUCUUGGUGCUAUGGCGGCCGAGCAACGACGUGUUGGAUGCCCUGGCGACGAGUCUAUUGACAGUCUUCAAUUAGUUGACGUCCCAUUGACCACCGGCACUGGCACAAUCCUUUGUGACGUAUCGACUCUUUUCAUCGCCCUUAUGUGCCUGCCUCGAUGCGUCGAGCUGUUUUUCAAACUCCCCACGGACUCUCCCAUCCUGGUAUUUGAGCCUCACAGAAGCUCCUCGCGGAAAGGUUCGUAUGGCCUGGGUUGAACAAGGAUGUGAAAGCUUGGACACGAUCGUGCCUUUGCUGUCAACUUAACAAGGUUCAACGCCACAACAAGUCUCCAUCGGGCACGUUCCCCAGCCCCGAUGAACGGUUCAACCAGGUGCCUUUAAUUUAAUUUAAUUUAUUAAAUGCCAGUUUACAGGCAUUGUCAAGGGAAGCGAUUAAACACAAAUCCGACCAGCAGUGAAAAAAAAACACCUGAAGAAUAAAAAUAUAGUUGAUGAUGGUUUUUAUGGUUCGGAGGGUUCAGGAGAAAAAAAACUGCUGGCAGUAGAUUUUCGACCGUCUAGAAGGGGGGGAGGGGGUUGCACGGUAUCGGAGAUCAUCGGACGUCAAUUCCUUUCAUGAAGUUGGGGAUAGUCACAGUAGAGGCGUUGAGGAACAGCUGGUGAGACCGACAAUAGUGUUCAGAGACCACAAACGCCAUCGCUACGGUACAGUCGAUCAGUGGAUUCAGAACCCAAAAUUUGAGGAAGCUUUUCUGAAUGCAAAAAUCAAAUAAUAGUUCUCUUAAAUAAAGGAUAAUUUUGCAGAGUUUUCACACUCAUUGUUAGUUUAUUCCAAAUAGCAAUUGCAUUUACAGAAUAGAACCGACGAUAUUUAACAGUACGUGCCAGAGGCAGAAAUAAGAAGACCUCACGGUGACUGUUACGUCGUGGGUGGAUAUGAUGUCUUAAAGAGGUGAGUGGGUAAAUGUGUGAUUAUAUAACAGUUUAAAUAGCAAAAAUAGUCCCUUUUGUAAUCUACGGAACCAUAAAGGAUCAAGGCCCGUAAGCCGGCAACGUUCUUGGUAAGACAAAUGUCGGUGUUCUGGGGUUAAAAUUCUCUUGGUAAAAAAGUGUUGAACGGAUUCUAUUUUCUUCCGCUCAGUAGCACGCAUGAGGCUAAAUGAAAACGAACAGUAUUCCAGACCAGGUCUAACGUACAUGUUGAAAAGGCGCAUUCUAAUGUCCCUAGUUUUAAAAUUUCGGAGGAUAAACCCGGUCGUUCUACGUGCUUUGGAGACUAUCAAGGCACAGUGCUCCGAGAGAUUGAGACUCUUGGAGUAUGAUACGCCCAAAUCCUUUAUAACUCCAGGCACAUUUAUGGCGUGACCUUCAAUACUUAGUUGAGGUUGGUGGUCGUCGCCAACCACCAUGACUGAGCACUUAUGCCAAGAAAGAGAAAGGCGCCAUGUGCGGCACCACUGGGCGAAAGCCUGUAGAUCGUCCUUUUGGAGCUCAAGCACGAUGUCACGAUCUGCCGGCUCAUAUCGAUAUGCAACUUUAAGAUCAUCGGCAUACAUGAAAGGCUUACCAUUGUUGAAUAAAUCGGGUACAUCAUUAACGAAAAGGCAAAACAAAAGCGGGCCGAGUACACUACCCUGAAUGACUCCACUCCUCACACGUGUGGGGUUGGAGAUAGUAUUGGAAAUCUUAACUCGUUGUGUACGAGUGCCCAGGUAAGAGGAUAUAAAAUUCAAAAUUUUGCCACCUAUUCCGAAAGAGGACAGUUUCAAGAGAAGAAGAGCAUGGCCAACACGAUCAAAAGCCUUAGUGAAAUCGAAAUAUACAGUGUAAAGUGCAAAACCAUUGUCCCUAGAUUGGAGAACAAAGUCAACGAAAGAGAGUUGACAGGUGUCACAAGAGUGAGCGGACUCACUCUGUCAGUCUGGCGACUGCGGCGGCGAAAAGAUGGAGAAGAAGAAGAAGAAGAGUAGGCUGGAAGAGGAAGAGAGUGAUUGUUGUUGUUGUUUCGGUUUUGGCUGUCUCGACCGCGUGCAUUUUGUCUACGGCCACGGCCAACCUACAGACAACGUGGUUCUCAGCGAUCUUUAGGGCACCUUUUCUAGCCCCUUCCCUCUCGCGAGGGCAGGCAGCGCAUCCCUAAAUAGGGCUGCUCGGUUAUCCCAGACGGCUGUCGGACUUCACUAUGGGCCACGAAUUUUUGUUAGUGAGAGAACAACCCGAAUUAGCCUGGGACCUUGGUGGUGAUGGUGAUGAAGUUGUUGAGAGGAUACACACAACAGAACGCUAUGGGACUUACAGCUAAGGUAGACAGGCAGACAUAGUCAUCAGUCAAGGACAGGAAUAACGGGCAACGUUCGGAGUCAGGCACAGCAACACCUACCUAUUAGCAGAGAGAGGCAUAGACUGACAGAUACAGAGCAGGCAACAGUAGCAACCCAAAGCACACAGCACGCUACUUAAGGAGCCAAGUGAGACAAGUGAGGAAUGGCACCAUUCUAAAUCAAGCAAACUAACAUCUAGCUAUUAGCACAGAGAGGCAUAGACAAACAGAUACAGAAUAAGCAACAAGAGCAGAAACAAGGGCAGACAAGACAGAGCAUAAGCAGGCAAGUAAGGUAGCAAAGUAAGUAUGAAAACAGACAGGGGUUCUCUUAACUGAGGAUUCACUUCCCUGUCGGUCUCCUACAAUGACCAAGCCGGAGCUUCAUCUCCACGAUGUCGAUGCGUGGAUCCAUCGGCCAGCGGUGACAACAGUGCCGUGUGUGCGGAUGUACACACGGAUACCCUCGGCUGGUUUAGGCCGCCGGUCGAGGAGGUUGCCCGAGGUGUAGCCGCUGAGCAGAGCCCAGCUACGUAGAGCCACAUGUGAGAGUUGGGUGCCAGCAAAUGGACGCUAGGCGUAGUCUCACCUGCAAGCAAGUGAGCGACCACUACGAACAUCACGUGAACCCACCGCUGGACACCCCUACACCCCACACACACACACGCCGUCUCCAGGCUAGCCAGGGCCGCAGACGUCUUAUCAUGGUCGAAACAAUCAAGAUCGAAACAGCAACAAUACCAAUAACAACAACAACAACCAUACUCAUUCUCCUCAUCCUACCUCUUCUUCCUCUUCCGCUGCCUAUUCUUCUCCUUCGUCGCCUUCUUCUCAAUCUCCUUCCCGUCGCCCCACUCGUUGUCACCAGACUGGCAGGGUGAGCCCGCUCACUCUGGCAGCCUGGAAUGUUCGUUUCCUUUUAGACAAUCUGAGGAGCAACCGACCGCAACGGAGGACGGCGCUAGUGGCACGAGAACUGGCGCGCAACAAGGUGGACAUCGCCGCACUCAGCGAGACCCGAUUCUCCGAACAAGGCCAACUGGAGGAGGUGGGUGCCGGCUACACCUUCUUCUGGAGUGGUCGACCCAGGACAGAGCGACGGGACGCGGGUAUCGCCUUCGUCAUUCGGAACGACAUCGUGGGACAACUGCCCUGUUUGCCGCAGGGCAUAAACGAUCGCCUGAUGAGCCUCCGCCAGCCUCUCCUCCGGGGUGGGGGCAAAUUCGCCACCAUCAUCAGCGCCUACGCUCUGACGAUGACCAGCCCCGACGCCGCCGCAAGAGGCAAAUUCUACGAGGACCUGCACGCCCUCUUGGCGACUGUGUCGAAGGCGGACAAGUUGAUUGUCCUUGGUGACUUCAACGCCCGCGUCGGCACAGACCAUACUGCCUGGAGAGGAGUGCUGGGUCUCCACGGUCUCCGCGACUCCAACGACAACGGUCUGCUGCUCCUCCGCACCUGCGCAGAACACCGCCUCAUCCUGACGAACACCUUCUUCUGUCUGCCGGAGCGAGAGAAGGCCACCCGGAGGCAUUCUCGGUCGCGUCAGUGGCACCUGCUGGACUACGUCCUCGUCCGGAGGCGAGAUCAGCAGGGCGUGCUGGUGAUGAAGGCGAUCGCGGGUGCUGACGGGUGGACCGACCAUCGCGUCGUCAUCUCGAAGAUGCGUAUUCGCCUACAGCCUCGCAGGAGACCACAAGGUAAGCGACCCCCAGGUAAGCUGAAUGUUGCCUUGUUGUCUUUGCCCGCUCACCAUCUUCAUUUCAGCAAUGAGCUAGCUCAACGGCUAGACAACUUUCCUAUCGCUGCCGACGCCGCCGCUGCCGAGAACGCCUCCGUGGAGAACCGCUGGUGUCAACUGAGAGACACGUUCCAGUCGACGGCGCUCGCCGUCCUCGGUCGCGCUCCCCGCCAACACCGGGACUGGUUCGACGACAACGACGUUACCAUCAGAAAUCUGCUAGCUAAGAUGAACCGCCUACACAAAGCCUACACACACACACGACAGUUAUACCAUCGAUUUCGAUAA